AUGGACAUUGUUCUGAAUGUUAAUAAUCCUGACGAUUUCACUAACAAUCUGUACAUGAUGUUAAAUGUAUCCGUUUCGGGAUAUAAGUUAUUAAUUAUGUGGAUUAAUUAUACAAACAUUGCAACAUUAAUCAAUAAAUUUAGUGAAGAGCCAUUUAAACCACUGGAUUCAGGCGAGCUGGAAAUUUACCGGAAAUUUGACAAAUUAAUACGAAUGAACACAUUACGUUAUACGCUCCUAAUCGAGACAUCAUGGUCAUGUUCUGGUUUGACAUCGUUGCUUGCCGAUUUCAGGCAUAAAAAGUUAACAUACAGAGAAUGGGUACCAUAUGAUUAUUCAUCUUACAUGGUAUUUUGUAUCACGUAUGCUCAUCAGUUUCUAAGUACAUUUUAUUGCGCUACUGUGAAUGUCGCUUGCGAUACUCUCAUAUGUGGCCUCUUAAUGCACGUGUGCUGCCAAAUUGAGAUCUUGGAAUAUCGUUUAAAAAAACUUGUGAAGAAUCAAGAUACUCUGAGCUACUGUGUACAUCAUCACAACAGUAUAUUUGAGUUUGCAUAUUUAGUAAAUGCAAGAUUCUCGCAAAUAAUUGGAUUCCAGUUUAUAACGAGUACAUUAAUAAUAUGUUCCAAUCUAUUUCAACUGAGCAAAUCGUCAUUGAGUGUAGAUAACAUUGCAUUAAUCAUAUAUACAUGUUGCAUGUUGACACAAGUAUUUAUUUAUUGCUGGUUCGGAAAUAAAGUCAAAUCAAAGAGCCUUCAAUUAGCGGAUAAUGUUUUUCAAACGGAAUGGCCAGUGCUAAGUAAUAACGUUAAAAAAGAUCUUCUUAUAAUUAUGAAACGUGCGAUAGUGCCUAUCGAGUUCACUACUGCACAUAUCAUUAGCUUGAAUUUAGAUUCUUUUGUAGCGUUGCUUAAAACGUCAUACUCUGCUUAUAAUUUAUUAGUACGAGUGCAAGAAGAAUAAUGUAUUAUAUAUUCCUCUAUUAUAUCUUAGAUGUAGUUAAUAUUUUUGUUAAUAAGUAAUUUAUAAACAAGUGCAAUAAACUAA